AUGCAAAGCAAUGAGGGGCAGUCCCACCGACCGACCAACGGGAAAGCUGCCAACGUCCAGGCUGCGUCUAGCAAUCCGGUCGUGACAGAGUCCACUACUAUUAAGCAAGCUGGGAUCACCUCGCAUGUCGGUCAUGACCCCGUCAGUAAUCCUCUAGCACUUCUUGUCGCUGCUUCCGGGGCCAUCCAGUCCGAAUCGGUAUCGAAUACUCCGAUAUCCACUGUUGAAUCGACAGAUGAAGGACCAACGCCGUACUUAACGAGUAUUGGUAAUCUAAUUGAACGGUCAACAUACGUGUCACUAGGCCUACAAUUGAGCUCCGAAUCGCUCCAGAGUGGACUAGACGCUCUCUUUGCGGCCCCGACAAGUAAUCCCAAGUGCACAGAUUAUUUUCGCCCUCCUGACGAUGGCCCGCCGCGAGAUGUUAGCCCGGACCUGGACCCUGUUGAGUUAGGGUUAAUAUCAAUGGAGGAGGCUUACCACUUAUUUCCCAUCUACUUCAUACGUUUACAUCCAGUCAAUGGUAUCCUCGACCCUAAAUUACACACCGUGGAGUAUGUCCGUUCACAGUCGGCACUUCUGUUUACCUGGAUGCUCGCUCUCACAGCCCAGUUCGACCAUGGGUCUGCGGCCAUUGCAAAGCGACUACGUCUGCAUGGCGAGAAAUUAUCGCGACAUGUUCAUGCGUCCGGGUUAAAAUCAGUUGAAAUUGUUCAGGGUUACUACAUCUCACUUUUGUCAGCCACUCCAGCGAGAACACUGUCGGAAGAGCGAUCGUGGUUAUAUACUAUGUAUGCAUUUGGCGUAGCGGCAGAACUGGGGCUGGACCAAACAUCUCCGACAUAUACAUAUAACAACGAUGGCAACAUUAUCCCUAAGCGCACACCAGGCCCACCCACCCGCCAUGACAUUGAGGACCAAACACGCCGCGAGCGACUAACUCGCAAUAGGGAGAGAACGUGGCUGCGUAUCCUCCUCUGGGAACGAGCGAACAGCGGUGCUUCUGGUCGAAUGAAUGCCAUCCCUGAAACUGACCUCACUCGCAACAUCGAGCGCUGGUGGAUGCAUCCGCUCGCCGACUCGACGGACAAACACACCGUCGCUUUCAUCCUGCUCCGUCGCCAUCUGGCGGUUUUACACGCAGAAGUGCAGCGACAGACAUUGAUGCCACACUCCAAUCCACAUUGGGUGCGCGAUCGUAUCGACGUCACGUUAGAGCCGUGGCGGAAGACAUGGAUAUAUGCCAUCGCGCCAUCUUCAGAACCACUUCCAGACGUGCACCUCCAUCACGUAUACCUCCAUAACCGAUUAUGGACACUGUCAUUUGCGCUGCAAGCCUCCAUCAGUAACAACCGCGAUCUCAACGCAAUCCGCGACGACUGUUUUCAGGCCGCAGUGCAUUGUUGUGAAGUCGCUGUGCGUGAUCUUCAACAGAUCGGGGAGCCACUAUACUGUAUGCUUGCUCCCACAUGGGCGAUGAUCUCUUACGCAGCUAUCCUCGCCCUAAAGCUCUUCCCCUUUGUACAUCAGCCACGGUCGGAGGGCGAAAUAGAGCUUCUUGCCUUAUUGGCGCAGGUUGCGCUUCAGCUUGAACGCGCCGGCACAACACCAUCACACCGCUUCGGAAUUGCUGCGAUAUUAGGACAGCAGUUAUUGAUGAUCCUACGGACACGAGCAGCCGGAUUGGCUUCUAUAACCACCAUUGCGGACUCUGAUCACGAUGAUAAUAAUAGCGGCGUACGGAAUACCUCAUGUCCCCUCUCAAGAGAACACUUGUCAAACAUCAGUAGUGCAACGGGCAUGACGCAGGAUACGGAUGUUCUGGGUCCCGACCGCUACGAUGGGAAUGGAUAG